AUGUCAUAUGUAUUAGAAAAAUGGGAUGACAAGAGCAAAAGUGGAGAAACUUUCAAUAAAUUUAACUACGAAGAUAAAGAACUAUUAGAGACAGAGGGUUACCAUACAGAGGAAUCUUUAAUUGAAGAAGGUGAAUUAUACGAUAACCCAUGGGCAGAUGCUGAAAGUCCAGCCAUCUACUUAACUGUCGUAGAAGACACUCCUACCCAGGAUGCAGGACCUCCAAAAUCUUGGGAAUUCUUUUGUCAAGAGAAAGGCCUCUUUGUACAAGAUACAAAGGAGCUAGAAGAAACCUCAGUACUAACUCACAUGAUCGAUACUGGAGAUACCAAACCCAUAAAGCAAAACCUAUAUCAUAUCACCCCUAGCGAACAAGAAUUUGUUAAAAAGGAGCUAAAAGAUAUGAAGGAAAGAGGAUUAAUUAUAUGA